CGUAUUUCUCCUUUACCUAAUAUUUAUUUUGGCAACAGGAUAUUAUUUUUUUUGAUUUUUUUAUUUCUUUAUGAUCUAUAAUCAAUGAAAAGUACAUCUUUUGCAUUUUUUGCAUAUUUAGGCUGCAUUUUGGUAGCCGCUCUAGAAAAUGCAAUGAUAUCGGACAUAAAUGAACAAGGACAUCAAGUAAUAGAGUUAUUUGAAAAUGAAAGACCAUUAAGAUUGAGAAAGAUAAGAGGUUCUAAAGGUACUUGGAAUAGUAGAUUCAAUAAGGAUUCUAAUAUGGAUUACUUUGAAAAUUAUCCGGGAGUUGAUUAUUUUAGAAAAGAUGAUUAUGAAUUUUUUUUUCCUAAAAAUUAUCCUCAAGAUAACCAAUGGGUUGAGGAAAUUACCCAGAAAGGGGAGGUGACGACACAAUUGGUUAAGAGGCAAGCAUCAAAAGUAAUAGAGGAUGAAAUUAAAGAGGAACAUGUUUUGGUUUUAAUUGUGAAAAGUGAUUAUAAGGAUGAAGCUAAAUGCAAGAAAAAGCUGGAGGAAUAUUGUAAAAGAUUGUUGGAAAUAUAUCAGGAUUUAGGGAAUGAGAAUGAUAAAGUUAGGAAAAUUUGUGAAGAUGGAAAACAAGAAAAAUGCAAAGGCCUAAAACAGAAAGUUGAAAAAGAAAUAAAUGAACUAAAAGCAAAACUUGAUGAAUUACUAAAAAAAUCCAUAGAUAAUAAAAAUUGUAGAAAAUAUGAGGAUAUAUGUAUAUUUUUAGAAGAUGUAGAUCAGAAAGAUGUUAAAGAUAAAUGCAGCGAGUUGAGAGAUAGAUGUUAUAAAAAAAUGCGUCAAGAAGUGUCAAAAGAAAUUAUUUUUAGAGCUUUUGGACGGAAAAUUAAUUCUGACACAGAAAUUAUCAAUAUAGCUUGUUCAUUUUUUAUUGAAUAUGUUGAUGAAUUAAUAUUUAUAUGUAUUAAUACAUCUAAGAUAUUUAUAGACUUUAAAAAGAAUUCUCUAGAUAUUUGCAAACUUUUACAGACGGGAUUUGAAGAUAAUGAAUUAAUGGAAAAAUGUGAAGAAUAUCUUAAAAAGUGUUAUUUUUAUGGAUCAAAUUGUAAAAAUACAAAAUGUGAUAAGAUUAAGGAUCAAUGUAAAGAAAAAGGGAUUCUAUAUGAACCAGAAUUAGAUUAUGAUCCUGUUAAAUCAUUAAGUUUUUCGGAUAAAAUUGAACUGGAAGAUCUUUAUGAAGAAGCGGAAGCUAAAGGAAUUAUUUUUAGAAAACAAGAAAAGGUAUCAUUUAAAGAUACUUUUUUUUUUAGAAGUUCGUUUCAUAUACAAGAACAAAAAGAGAUAUUACAAAAAACAAUAUUAUAUAAUCAAGAAAACAAGAGUAAAGCAGAAGAAAAUUGCAAAGAAAUAUUAAAAAAAUGUUAUAUAUUUAAAAGUAUUUUCUUGAACAAUAUGUGCAAAAAAAUUGAAAAUAAGAAAUGUAAAGAAAUAGUAGAUGUGGAAGAGAAAUGCACAUAUCUUAAAUUAAAGCUUUAUCUAAAGGGAUGGUCUACGGAAUUUGAAAAAAAUAAAAGUUCAAAACUUUUUUCAUGGAAAGAGCUUCCAAGAUCGUUUAGUAGGGAAGAUUGUAUAGGAUUUGUGUCGGAAUGUUUUUAUUUAGAAAAAAUAUGUAAAGAUGAAAUUGGAAAUGCAUGUAAAAACGUAAGAGUAGCAUGUUAUAAAAAGGGACAAGAUAGGAUGUUGAACAGAUACUUUGGAAGUGGGUUAAAAAAUCUUAGAUAUUUAAAUUCUACUGGUAAAAAGUCUGAAUGUCAAAAAUUAGUAAGAGAUAAAUGUAAAAAAGUUAAUAGGAAUAUAAGAUACAUGCAAAAGUGUCUUGAACCGGAAGAACUAUGUUUAGAAAUUUUAGAUAAUAUUUUUGCUGAAUCAAAAGAAUUAGGAAGAGUUUUGGAUGAUGCACAAGAUUUUCCAGAAAAAAAGGAAUGUGUGAAACUAAAGAAAAAGUGUGAUGAUCUUAAAAGUAAUUCGGAUUUAAAUGAUGAGAAAUGUACUGCAUUGGAUAGAUACUGUGAAUAUUUAAGAGUUAUAAAUGAAUUGAGAAAAGAUUUUUUAAAAAGAAAUAACGAUGUAUUAGAAAAUCAAAACAAUUGUAAAAAGGCUUUAAAGGAAAAAUGCGAUAGAUUAAUUAGAAGACAGAAUUCAUUUAAUUUUUUCUGUGUUUUACUAGAAGAAACAUGUGAAUUUAUGGUAAAAUGGACUAAAAAAGAAUGUUCACAAUUAAGAGCUAGCUUCAUAAAUAAUGGUUCUUGGAUUACAGAUAAAAAUAAAAAUAAACAUUUACAGGAAAACUGCUUAUUAUGGGAUUCACAUUGUCAACAACUUAUGGAAAGUUGUCCAGAAUUCUUAAAACACCCUUUAGGAAAUACACCUAAACACUGUUUAUUAUUAAAAGAGAAAUGUAAUUCAUUCUGGGAAGAGUUGCAAUUUAAGGAAAAGUUGAUGUAUAAUUUGAAAGGUAGUUUAGAUCGUUCAAUUAAAUGUAAAGAAACAUUAGAAAAGUAUUGCACUAAAUGGGAAGGAGAAAAAAAUCAAAUAUUUGAUAGUGCAUGUAAAGAUAAAAAUGGUUUAAGUGAUUAUCUCAAGAGAGAAGAAAUUUGCAAUGAAUUAGUUAAAAAAGUAAUCGAAAAAUGUCCUACUUUAAAAAGUAAUCUAGAGAAAGCGAAAAUUGAUUUAGAGAAAAAGAAGGAUAAAUUCGAAAGGGAUAAAGAGGAGGCGGAAAAUUGUAUUAAACAAACUAGGUUAUUGUUAUUAAGACCUAAUGAAGAUGGGCAAGGUGCACCAUCAAGUGUACAGAAUAACAGUGCUCUUGCCCCAGCAACACCGUCAGCAGGACCGUUAGUACCAGAUAUAGCAACAAGAUCAAGUUCUACACAAGAUAUAAGGACAAAUACAACGGAGGUUAGACAUGUUCGAAGAACGUUUGUAGAUGGAGAGAUUUCAGAAGCAGAAACAAAAGCAUUAGAUGCAACAGCGAAAGCAUUGGAUUCGUAUUUAGAAUUGAAAGGACAAUGUAAAGCUUUGCAAGAAGACUGUGGUUUUAAAGAGGAAUGUCCGACAUUUAAGCCAUUUUGUAAAGAAAUAGACAUGUUAUGUGAAGGAAUAAAACCAUUAAAACUUGCAUCUCAUCAUACACUGAUAUUUACAACGACAUCAACGAUGAUAUCUAUAACGACCAUAACAACAACAUCAACAACAAUGGCUACAGUUCCAACAGCAGCGACAUUAAUUGUUAUGGGAAUGUUGUAAAAAGAAUGAAAAAAGAGAUUAGAAUGAAAAAGUGCAUAUAUCCAUUGUUUAUAUAUAAUAUAGAAGAAGAUGUAGAAGAAUGAGGUGUAGAUUUUUAAUCUAGAAUAAUGAAAUAAAAAUUGAGAAUUGCCGUUUAAUUAUAGGAAAAAUGGAGAAAAAAGCCCGAGAGUUAGUGGAGAAUUGUUAAAGAUGAUAAGAAAGUUUAAAGAAGUUUUUAUUAGAGAUGAGAUUUUGGAAGAAUUUAUUGAAGAUGAUAGAUUAGGAGGGGGUUUUUAUUAAAUUUAAGAGAUUAGAAGGAAGUUUAGAGAGAUAUUUAUUGGAAAUGAGAUAUUAGAUAGAGAUUUAGGGUUUUUUUAUUAAUAAAAAUGAUAAAUGAAUGUUUUG